AUGUGGAGAGUCCGGAAAAAGGGCUACUUUGGGAUCUGGCCGUUCCCCUUAAUAAUCGCCGCUGUCUGUGCGCAGAGUGUCAAUGACCCUAGUAAUAUGUCGCUGGUUAAAGAGACGGUGGAUAGACUCCUGAAAGGCUAUGAUAUUCGGCUGAGACCAGAUUUUGGAGGUCCCCCCGUGGCUGUGGGAAUGAACAUUGACAUCGCCAGCAUCGAUAUGGUUUCUGAAGUCAAUAUGGAUUAUACCUUGACAAUGUACUUCCAGCAAGCUUGGAGAGAUAAGAGGCUGUCCUAUAAUGUAAUACCUUUAAACUUGACUCUGGACAAUAGAGUGGCAGACCAGCUCUGGGUGCCCGAUACCUACUUCCUGAACGAUAAGAAGUCGUUUGUGCACGGAGUGACUGUCAAGAACCGCAUGAUCCGCCUGCAUCCAGAUGGAACGGUCCUUUACGGCCUCAGAAUCACAACCACAGCUGCCUGCAUGAUGGACCUGAGGCGGUACCCACUGGAUGAACAAAACUGCACCUUGGAAAUUGAAAGCUAUGGAUAUACAACUGAUGACAUUGAGUUUUACUGGCGUGGGGAUGAUAACGCAGUAACAGGAGUAACCAAGAUUGAACUGCCACAGUUCUCUAUUGUAGAUUAUAAACUUAUCACCAAGAAGGUUGUUUUUUCCACAGGUUCCUAUCCCAGGUUGUCCCUCAGCUUUAAGCUUAAGAGAAACAUUGGUUACUUUAUCCUGCAAACAUACAUGCCAUCUAUCUUGAUCACUAUCCUCUCCUGGGUCUCCUUCUGGAUUAAUUAUGAUGCUUCAGCUGCAAGAGUGGCAUUAGGAAUUACAACUGUCCUAACAAUGACCACUAUCAAUACCCACCUCCGGGAAACUCUCCCUAAAAUCCCUUAUGUAAAGGCCAUUGACAUGUACCUGAUGGGGUGCUUUGUCUUUGUUUUCAUGGCCCUUCUGGAAUAUGCUUUGGUCAACUACAUCUUUUUUGGGAGGGGACCUCAACGCCAAAAGAAAGCAGCUGAAAAGGCUGCCAGUGCCAACAAUGAGAAGAUGCGUCUGGAUGUCAACAAGAUUUUUUAUAAAGAUAUUAAACAAAAUGGGACCCAAUAUCGAUCCUUGUGGGACCCAACUGGAAACCUCUCCCCAACUAGACGGACUACCAAUUACGAUUUCUCUCUGUAUACGAUGGACCCCCAUGAGAACAUAUUACUGAGCACUCUUGAGAUAAAAAAUGAAAUGGCCACUUCCGAGGCCGUGCUGGGACUUGGAGACCCCAGGAGCACAAUGCUGGCCUGCGAUGCCUCCAGCAUCCAGUAUCGGAAAGCCGGGUUACCCAGGCAUAGUUUUGGCCGAAAUGCCCUGGAACGGCACGUGGCACAGAAGAAAAGCCGCCUGCGGAGACGCGCCUCCCAACUGAAAAUCACCAUCCCCGACUUGACUGAUGUGAAUGCCAUAGAUCGGUGGUCCCGCAUAUUCUUCCCAGUGGUUUUUUCCUUCUUCAACAUCGUCUAUUGGCUUUACUAUGUGAACUAA